CCGCGCGCUUCCCUUAGCUACUCUCGAAAGUUUGCGGAAGUCUGUUUUUACAGCUGGAGUCGAAGGCGACAGAAACAAGGAAUAGUCAACGGACCGUGUUGACUUGUAGUUUCAUAGAUGGACCUCAGUUCCGAAAAGAUACAGCGGAUUCUCUCUAAGUACAAAUUCCGAGAUGUUGCCAUUGACGAGCUGCAGAAGGUCAGUCGUAUCUUUUCCGACAUGAAACCAUCUACAGGCACAUACACAUUCAGUGACAGCAGCCAGAAAGAUCUGCUGAAAGUGAUUGGAAACAUCCCAGUCAAGUAUGAAGGCCGCUCCUAUAACUUCCCCAUUCAGCUGUGGCUCACAGACUCCUUCCCCUUCUCUCCUCCAAUAUGCCUCCUGAGGCCGACCCCUAGCAUGGUCAUCAGAGAGGGCAAGCAUGUCGAUGCCCAAGGACGCAUCCAUCUCCCAGGGCUGCACAGCUGGGACUAUCCCAAGUCCUCUGUAGUGGGUCUAUUGAAUGAAAUGAUUGCCAAGUUUGAGGAAGACCCCCCGCUGUCAUCGAAGCCGACAGGAGACAGCAAGGAUCCCCACGACCUUCUGGCGUUUGUCUCGAAUCUCCAGAUCAAUGAUGGUGGAAAUAAACAUCAUGAUCAAUCUGCCAACAAAGUCUCCGUUAUUGGCGGAGGAGAUUUAGGGAUGGCUUCAGUAAUGAGCAUCGUGGCGAAGUGCGAUGUGGAUAAACUGGUUUUCAUUGAUGUCGCAGAAAGUUCCACCAAAGGCGGCAGCACAGACCUUGAGAUCUUCAGUCUGCCAAAGGUUGAGGUGUCCAGAGACAUAUCAGCCUCUGCGGGCUCCAGGGUCGUGGUGGUGACUGCGAACGCAUGGAGCAGUGAGCAGUCGUACUUGAGCGUGGUUCAGACUAACGUGGACAUGUACAGAGGGAUAAUCCCAAACCUGGCACGUCUCAGCCCGUAUGCUGUGAUCAUCAUCGCUUCGCAGCCAGUGGACAUCAUGACCCACGUUGCCUGGAGGCAGAGCGGUUUACCUCCGUCACGGGUGAUCGGAGCUGGGUGUAACUUGGACUCGGAGCGCCUUAGUCACGUUCUGGACAUUAACCUGAACACGCAUAAACCAGCUUGGGUCAUAGGAGAACUGUCGGACAACAAAGUUGCUGUGAUGAGCAACACUGGGAUGAGCUCCAGUGGGCAGCUAGAGAUCGCCCCCGGAUGCAGCUCCACUAAACCACUGUUAGACAGAGCAUUUGAAAUGAUAAAGAAUCGAGGUCAGAGGUCAUGGUCUGUGGGGUUAUCUGUCGCUGACAUUGCAAACAGUGUCCUGACGGAUAAAAAGAAGGCCCACUCUGUGUGCACACUGGCUCAGGGCUGGGGGGGCAUAGGGGCAGAGGUGUUCCUCAGCCUGCCGUGCGUCAUGGGAUCAAACGGCUCUAUGCGUCUGGCUGGUGUGUCCCUAGGACCGGAGGAGGACGCCAAACUCAGGGACAGCAUCACGUCCCUCUCCAACCUCAUGAGUAAACUCAGGAUAUGAAAGAUGCACUUGUGGUCGCUGCUGCCAGGGACAUUCUCCAGUCAAGACACUCCUGAACAGUCGUGGUGCUGAAGCCAGUUUCAGUGAACUGCUUUUGGACAGUGACAGCAGCUUUGAUGAUUCAAUAAUAAGAUUUAUUCCGGUCAUUGAAUGUCACAUAUGAAGAGAAGUAGUUUUGUAUUUAAAGUCUAUCAGCAAUAUGAAGAUGCUAAAUUUGCACUUUGACAUGUUGCAUGAAUGUGCAUAAUAUAUUUUGAAGGUCAUAAGCCCUACGCAACAGCAUCUAAAUAAUAGUUAAUUGUUUUGGAAGUAUAUGUUACUGUAACAACUUGUGUGGAGUUCAUGUGAAACAAGUUUACCAAAGAUGUGAUUGCAAUUUUGUUUUUUUUUACUAACCCAAUCGUCAUGCUAUUAUAAUAAAAGAAAAUCAAGGUUUUGGAAAAUAAAAUAUAACACAUCUACAUUUUAUACAGAACAGGAUGCCUUAUAAAUCACAUACAGAUUUUUCUGUAUAUCUGAAUGGCCUUACUCGCUGUCUUCGUUCAGCUCUAACAACACUACAAACAAAAACAUUCAGAAAGAAGAAGACUCCAUGUUUGAAUUUUCUCUGCACUUAUAUUUGUUGAUUUGUGUAAAGACGUUGAACGGUUGGACCUGUGAUAUGUACAGUAGUACUGUGUGAUGUUGUGGUUAUGCAAUAAAAUAUCUAGAACCAGA